GGGGGCUGUAGUCCGGCCGGAACCUGUUUGCCACCGCGAGUCCCGUGACACUGCUUCUUCUCACACCCAAGCCCGCAGUGCUCCUCCCCGGCCUCGGCCGGGCCUCCCGGGCGCGGCGUUCCGGCGAGUCAGUUCUUUCUCCCCUGAGCACGGAGGCGGAAGCUUGAGGGGUGCGGGGAGGAGCUUCGCGCGUUGGGUGAACGCCCGCUCUACGUGCUCGUUCGUUUCGCCGCCGCUGCGCGCGAGCCCCGUGUCCCCGCGGCUGGCUGCAGCUGCGUCGUCGGCUGAACGCGGAGGGGGCGGAGGGAGCCCGCGGCGGCGGCAGCUACAGCGAAAUGGCGGAGACCGUGGCUGACACCCGGCGGCUGAUCACCAAGCCGCAGAAUCUGAAUGACGCCUACGGGCCCCCCAGCAACUUCCUCGAGAUCGACGUGAGCAACCCUCAGACGGUGGGGGUCGGCCGGGGCCGCUUCACCACCUACGAAAUCAGGGUCAAGACAAAUCUUCCUAUUUUCAAGCUGAAAGAAUCUACUGUUAGAAGAAGAUACAGUGACUUUGAAUGGCUGCGAAGUGAAUUAGAAAGAGAGAGCAAGGUUGUAGUCCCCCCGCUCCCUGGGAAAGCGUUUUUGCGUCAGCUUCCUUUUAGAGGCGAUGAUGGAAUAUUUGAUGACAAUUUUAUUGAGGAAAGAAAACAAGGGCUGGAGCAGUUUAUAAACAAGGUUGCUGGUCAUCCUCUGGCACAGAAUGAACGUUGUCUUCACAUGUUUUUACAAGAUGAAAUAAUAGAUAAAAGCUAUACGCCAUCUAAAAUAAGACAUGCCUGAAAUUUGGCAAGAAGGGGCAAAAACGUGACUAUUAAUGAUUGAUAUGCACCAGUGAAGAAGUUCUAACUUUUAGCAUGCUGCUCAGAAACUGGUAUAACAUGCCUUCAGUAUACUAACACUCAUGCUCGGUUUUGUUUUGGCAGUUGACAAGAAGUUAAUUUGCUUUAGUGAAAAUCCCUCAUUCCAGCCUUUCUAUAUGAAUAGCUCUUUCUUGCUGUUUUAAUGUGGUGCACACUAUAGCCUCACAAACCUGUUAUUCCAAUGUAAUCUGCAGUGUCCUAACUAAAGUUGCUGGCUUGGUCUUAUUUGCACAGUUUUUGUGUCUUCUUUGCUUCUUGCAUUUGAUUAACUAGAAUAUUUCUCUUUCCCCCUUUUAAUGUGUCUGUGUCACUUGACCUAAUUUAUGUGUAGGAGCACUACACCAUUGGUUUCCAAUACUGCACACAUAAGAUACAUACUUGUGUGCAGAAAGUAUCUUCCUUCAGGCUUGUAAUACCCUUCACAUGGAAGAUUAAUGAGGGAAAUCUUUAUAUUCUGUAUAAAAACAAAAUCAAAUUUAUAUACUAAAACCAUUUGUCUAAAAAUUUAAGUUGUUUUCAAAUAAAAAUUAAAAUGCAUUUCUGAUAUGCAC